ACGGCUAACAAGGAGAUCGGGUGCGCCUCUUUUUAAUUUAUUUUUGUUGACACUCUCAUCAUAAUGUAGAAAAAAAGAACUACAACUACAACUCUCAUCAAAGUUGAUUUUUAUAAUUUUUUUUGUUUUUAAUUUUUUUGCAACAAAACCCUUUGUCUUGCUUAUUUCAUUCGUAUUUUAACUUUUUCACAAAAGUUUAUCAAGAAGAAAACAAAUCUAAAAACAAGAAAAUUGCGUGUAUUUAAAAAAUAAAAAACAAGUGAGAAAGCGAAACAUUUCAAGUGCGUUUCACGGCUAUUUUGUUGUUUUUUUUUUUUUUGGUUUUCGUGUGUGAAGAAAACAAGUUUUGCGAAAUUUAUCUCAAAACAAAAUACAACAACAACAAAAAAAGCAAAGAACGCGAGCUUGCCUCGACUCGACUUGAAAGCAAGCAAAAUCAACUACAUAUUCCCUCAUCACAAAGUUUUUUUUAAGUAAAAAUAAAAUAACAAAAAAAUAAAUAUUCCAACAAUUUUUACCUGGAGAAUAUUUGAUUUAAUUUUCUAGUUUGAAUAAUCGCGAUGUCAUUGAAAAAGAAAGAUCCAUCAUUAAGAGUUGCUGCUAAUGAUCCACACUUAGUUAGCCUUGGUGGUGGUCGAUUGAGUACGGCUGUUACAAUACAUUACAUACCCAUUGGUGAUAUGACAAUAGGUUCCUCACCUACAUGCAGUGUCUCUCUAAACGGAUCUGGUGUCCGUCCAGUUCAUUGUACUAUUUAUCGCAGUGAAGAAAAUGAAGUGACCAUUGUCCCAGAAAACGAUGCCAGAGUUCUUAUCGAUGGAACAAAACUUGUCGAUGGCGAAACAAAUCUCACCCAAGGCGCAAUGAUAACAAUUGGCAAUUCAAAUUAUUUGCGUUUCAAUAAUCCCGCCGAAGCUCAAUUAAUACGCUCUGCCAUGGGCAGCAACGAACGAAUCUCAAUGCCACAAAUCGAUUUUACCCAAGUGCCGCGUCGCAAUUCAAACCGAAGCAGCAUUAGUAAUGGUGGUAAUGGUAGCUCUGAAGAAGCUCAAAUCGAAGCAUUUUACGAAUCAAAAAUUCAUCCAAAAGAAUCAUCAUCAAAAUUAAUUAAUAAUAUCGAUAUAAAUGGUCUGACAUGUCCGAAGGUUUUCACAGCCGAUUCGAUAACUGUAAAUACCCCAGCGAAAGAUGUCCUCGGUCCGAAAUAUGCAAAUUUUGCAAAGAAUCUCGCAGAGAAUCAUCGCAAUGAGAAAAAUCAAAAAAUGAAUAAUUAUGUUAACAUUCCAACAACAAACUAUCAUCAACAACAACAACAUCAGCAACAACAACAACAGCACCAACAAUAUCAUAAUAGUAACCUUAAUAGUUCUUCGUCCAGCACAAAUGGUACUGGUGGCAAUGAGAUUCUAGCUAAAGUUAAUAACAAUCUAUCGAAUAACAGUAGAAACACUACUCCAUAUGAUAAGUACCCCAAAUCAUAUGGUGGCUUACAGCUAUUCCCAAUGAAUGGUGUCAAUACAGAAAUCAACACUUCAUCGUCAUCAUAUCACAGUGUAACCUACGAAUCUUUGGCUGCACACAAUUCAUCACAGCAAAAUAUAUCUGCCCAAGAAAAUGAGCGUUUGGAGGAGAUCCUUAAAAUUUGUACUGAGUAUGAGCGUCAGAAUUCAAAUUCGAAUUCAAAUUCAAGUGUUACCUCCUCACCCAUAGUUCAGAAUCGUAUUAAAACUAAUGGUUCUCUGCCUCGGGAAAAGAAAGGACCCUUCUAUGAUCUAAGCCCACAACACUCUGGAGGUCAUUCAAAGGUUUUCUUUCCUGAAAAAGCCAAAACAAGUUCUGGUUAUGAAAAUGUUCGACUUAUAGGCGAUCGUCGAGUUGAAAUUGGUAAUGGUUCUGGCAGUGGAAGUGGUACUCCAGCUAGUGGUUCAUGUAUUGGAUCACCAAAGUCAGGCUAUGAGAAUGUCAUAGUUGGCAAAUAUGUUCCACAAAGUCCAAGAACAAAAAUACGAACAACUUGUAUGUCACCCAAGAAGGAUAGUUCCUUUAAUGGGUUCCAAAUUCAACAAAAACCACAAACCAAUCACUCGACAUCGGAUUAUGAACAACUUAUACAAACAUUCGAGGAUAAGCUGAAGAUGGAAAUGCAGGCUAUACAGGAUAAGAGUCGAUUAGCCAGUCCAACACCGUCUAGAAGUGAAUUCAGUUCUCCAUCGACUAAGCGACCAAAUAAAAAUAUCAAUAAUCUGACUCUGAAUCUGAGUUUUACUAAAAAAGAUAAAGAGAAGCCUGUUCCAGCGGUGCGAACUAUAAAGACUAAUAUGACUGUUCCUGUUUUUGGUGGUUCGGAUUUGAAUGCAUCGGACAUAAACCUGGAAAAGCUUAAGAUAACUCGCAAAGAGUUACAAGCCAAUAUUCUAAUGCUGAGGGCACAAAUCGGUGAAUUGCGAUUGCAGGAGGAAAAUACUUUAAGAGGCAUGGACACGGACAAAUCUUAUGAAUCAACUGAACUUGUAUCAACCAAGGACACUCUCGCAAAACUGGAAAAAUCAUUCACUUCGCUACAAACAAAAAUUCAUCGAUUAGAAGCACAAAGAAAUGCCACACGUGUCAUGGAAGAGAACCAACAAGCUAAAUUAAAGCAAUCAAUUGCUAUCAAACAAGACCAAGUUAAAAGACUGAAAACAAUGCUCAAAGAGAAACCCUCAGAUGAUUGUUUAAAUGAGGAAUUCAAUAAAUGUUCAGAAUCCCUUGAGAACGAUCGAAAGACAUUUGAGGACUUGGAAUUCCAGUAUCUGGAAGAGGAGUCCGAUUGGCAGGCAUAUCGAGAGGAACUCCAUAUGGAACAGAAAGAUUUGUCAUCGCAAAUCGAUGAUAACCGCAUUAAGAUGCGACAAUUAGAGACUGUUGGGGCAGCUAAUCGCAGUAGUGCGUGUUCGGAAGCUAAAGCUAUAAAAGACAAUUUGUUAUCGUUGAUAAAUGAAUUACGGGAAAAUAAAGAAGAACUGAGAACAGUUGAAGCCAAUAUAUCGGAUAUAACUGGAGAACUCAAUGGACAAUCGGAUCCAUCAUCUGAAAAUGAUGAUGACGACGAUGAUGAGGAAGAUGAUGAUGAUGAUGAAGAUGAUGAGAGUGAAAUGUCACCAGCUGAUAAUCAACAACAACAUGGAAUAAUGUCACAAUCUCUGUUCGGUUCAGCAGAAAUUCUCUGCCCGAAACGCCAUCCAGAGGAUAUUAUGUCGAAGAGUGUCAACGAGAAUAUGUUUUAUAACAAUAAAAUAGAAUUGCCAUCACAACAACACCCGGUAACAAGCACACCGAAGAGAAAAUUAGAAAUUGUCGAUAUUAAAGAUGAUUUAAUUAAUGAUCCACCUGCUCUACCGCCAAGACAAAUUCCUAGAAAUUCUCUUCAAGAUUCAUCGCCAUCUUCAAUUGAAGAUCAAGUUGUUAGACGAUUACACAAGGAAGCAGAAGAUGAUCCAUUAUUAAAACUGAAAUACAAUAUGAAUGAUGAACAAGAACAACAGACCGGUGAGAGAGUUAAUUUUAAUCUAUCACUUGGUAGUGAUGAUUUUGAGGUUAAUCCAUUGGAACGAAGAAUACCAUCACAGGAUGAUAUUGAUAGAAUUUCAAAGGUUACCUCGGAUGCACCGAUUUCAACUAAAGGAGCCAGUAAUAAGAUAUUUGACAGUAUUAAAGAAAUUGAAAGAAAUCGACAAUUGUUGCUGGCACAGCAAGGAAGUCAUGUUAUUGAACAUGCAAGACAAAAAAUGGUCGAUUUGAAAAAGAAAAGUCAUGAUGAAGCACGUGCACAGUAUUUAUCUAUGUUGAGCACUAGUUUAGAUAACUCAACAAAUAAUAAGGAUGUUAUUGAGUCGACGGAAAUGGAUAAUUUGACAGAUAAAGAGAACCGGCAGCAGCAGCAACAGGUGGGAGAUGCAGACAGGAAAAUCAACAAAACAACAACAAACACCAGUAAUAAACAUAGUAGCAGUAGUACAAAUGCAAACAGCAACAACAAUGAGAGCAAUAAUGAUCAAAAUAAAUCUAGUCAAAAUCGUCACUCACAGCCAGAAUUAGAAUCACAACGGUCACGACCCUUGUCGGAGGCCAAUUCAGAAUUAAGUUGUGAUCUUUUGUCAGAGAAUACCUACAAAUCCAGUAUAGAGCUCUCAUCAUCGACGGGUGGUGGUGGUAGUGGAAGUGGCGGUGGGGGAGGAAUAGGAGGCGGUAAUAAUCGCCACUCGGAACAAAGUGACGAUGGCAAACGAUCGAGUGUAAAUUCAAGUGACACAACCAACAGCGAUCGACUUACAUCGGGCAAUAAAAGAUCACUUCCAAAACAUCAGCGACCACUCACCCGUUAUUUACCGAUCUUCUCACCGGAUUUAGAUUUGCGGCAACACAUUGAAUCGGCAGGUCACCAAAUUGCCCAGUGCCCGCAUGUUUUUGUCGACUCUUAUAGCUGUCGAGGGUAUUUGCACAAAUUAGGCGCCACAUUCCAUGGUUGGUCAAGGAGAUGGUUUGUUUUGGAUCGACAACGCAACGCCUUCAUAUACUAUUCCGAUAAGUCAGAGAGGAAACCUCGUGGUGGAGCGUAUUUUUCGACAAUUGACGAAGUCUAUCUCGACCAUUUGAAUGCUUCAAAAAGUGGCCGACCUCAUUGCACAUUUAUUGUAAAAACAAAAAAGCGUAGCUAUCACCUGCAGGCAGCUUCAGAUGCAGCUGCUCGAAUUUGGAUUGAUGCCAUCAUAACUGGAGCUCAAGGAAAUUUAGAUUAUUAGGGCAUUUAUGUUCUUCUUAAAUUUAAGUUUAUUUUUAAAAAAUAAGAUUAUUAGGCUUACAUUGUAUUAAAAGAAAUCACACAGGACUAACUCUCCACUUAAUAAUACAGAUUUCUAUGCCAAAGUGAAUUUUCAAAUUCAAAAACAGUAUAAAAAACUAUAAAACCCCUUAAAACAAAAUCAAACAUAAGAAAAGAAAAAAAAAAAAACACUAUUUUUUAGCAUAGUGCAUCAUGUAUUUUUUUAUGAUUAGCUUUUAAGAACGUUAUUUGCUCUUUUAUUUUCGAACUUAAAUAUUAUAUUCACCAACGGUUGGUGAAUAUAGCGCCAAAACAAUAGUUUCUAUAUAUAUGUGCCUUUGUUUUGUUUAUUUGAAGAAUUAUAAUAUUUAUGUGUAUUUCAAACUGAUGUUAGUUAUGAGAAUUCUUUAGUAAACUCCUUAGGCACCUUAGUUAGAUUGUGAAGUUUAGAAUUGAAUUAGUUAGAUCUGGAAACGUAGAUUGUUUGCUUGUUAGAUUGAUAUGAAUAGAGACAAUUUUUUUAAGUUCAUAUAACGUUUUUAUAUAUGUUUUACAUUUAUACUCGUAUAAUAAAACAAAAUAAACAAACAUACCU